UUCCUGAACUAAAAAAGAAACUCAAUUGUCUAGCUAGUCUAUGGAAUAUUCCGAAAUUCUUUCUGUUCGACACGAGAAUCCCACUACAAUGAAUGUUGGAGCAGUCGGAGGAGAGGUGGCUGGAGAGGUGACCCUCAUAGCAGAUGACCUGAGCCGUGCCGUGGAGUUGACCCUCAACCCCACAGUUGCACACGAGGCCCGCAACCAAGCCUAUAAUGCCUGUGAAAGCUUCAAAGAGAAUUCUCCGUGGUGUGCACAAGCUGGCCUGCUGUUGGCCAGCGGCAGCCAAUACUCGGCGGUUGUUAAACACUUCGGCCUGCAGCUCAUGGAACACACAGUCAAGUACAGGUGGACUCAGAUCACUCAGGCAGAAAAGAUAUUUAUCAAGGAAAAUGCUAUGAAACUGCUAUACAUGGGAGGGUGGGAGAUUGGCCACCUGAACGAUGCGUUAGCUCGCGUCAUCGUGGAGAUGAUCAAGCGCGAAUGGCCUCAACAGUGGCCCACUUUAUUGGCGGAGCUCAGCGACGCGUGCGCAAGAGGACAUGUGCACACGCAAAUUGUGCUGCAUGUCUUUCUGAGGCUUGUUGAGGAUGUUGCGACGUUACAGACAUUGGAGCAGCAUCAGCGUCGCAAGGACAUCUACCAAGCGCUGACCAGCAACAUGUCAGAGAUUUUCGCAUUCUUCAUGCGCCUCAUCGAGCUGCAUGUCCAAGAGUUUCGCGAGAAGACAGCUGCAGGAGACUAUAACGCUGCAGCCAGCAAUGGGCGAGUGGUGCAGGUCGUGCUGCUAACUCUGACUGGCUUCGUAGAAUGGGUGUCGACCAAUCACGUGGUUAUGAACAACGGGCGCCUGCUACAAAUUCUGUGCAUUUUAUUGCAAGACGAUGCAUUCCAGUUGCCGGCGGCCGAGUGUCUGUUGCAAGUCGUCAAUAGAAAGGGCUCUACAAAGGAGCGCAAACCGCUGAUGAUUUUGUUCAGCGAUGACGCAAUCGCGUGCAUCCACCGUGCGACGUUGGCCAGCAUCAAUGCGGUUGAUGAGCAGCAUUAUUUGUUCCUGAAGAAACUGUCGCAGGUCCUCGCCGGCCUGUCCCAGCAGCUGACGUCACUAUGGGCAUACGCGACCAACUACGAGGGCUGGCUGCCAGUGCUGCUGGAGACGAUGCUGCUGCUGACGUCACACCCGUCGCUGACGCUCGCGCACACCGCCAACGCCGUGUGGCUGGCCUUCCUCAAGCACGAGCACAUCGCGCGCCUGCCGCACGUGCUCGCCGUCGUGCCGCGCUGGCUGCACGCCUCCGCGCCCAAAGUGCUCAAGGUCACGUACCCUACAUCGAGGGUGAGCGGCGUAAACGACGCAGUCGCGUACGCGUGUAUGGACUACGACAGUGAACAAGAGUUUGCCAUAUUCUUCAGUCGGUGUCGCACUGAAAUAUUAGAUAGCUUUAGAUACUGUAUGUCGACAGCCCCGCUCGUGACGUGGGCGUACGUCGAACAGUGGACGCGCGCGGCGCUCGACAAGGUGGAGUCGUGCCCGCCGCACGUUGACGUCACGCACCCGCUGCACGUCGAGUGGGAGGCGCUGUCGCAGGUGUUAGAUGUGGUCCUAUCGCGACUGCUUCAAGCGGAGCCCCGUCCAAACGUGGUGGAGGGCCUGCAGCUGCUGCAGCGCUGCGUGGUGUGCUCGCCGCGCGCGCCGCCCAUCCUGUCGCUGCUGCUGUCGCUCAUCUCGGCGCUGUUCGUGUUCCUGAGCUGCGCCUACAGCCAGCUGGCGGGUGAGUGCGUGGGCGUGGCAGGUGCGGACUUGCUGCCGCGCGUGCUGGACAAGAUAUUUGCGGCGCUGGUGUACGAGGGCGCGCCGCCCGCCGACCGCCGCGACCGCGCCGUCAAGAACGUGCGCCGACACGCCGCCGGGUUGCUGGUCAAGCUGGGCUCUAAGUACCCGCUGCUGCUACUGCCAGUAUUCCCGCGGCUCCACGAGAUGUGUCGCUCGGCGUUAGCGCGCGCGGACCUCAGCGCGGUGGAAAGCGUCACACUACAGGAGGCGUUACUGCUCGUCUCCAACCACUUCUGCUGCUACGAGCGGCAGAGCGCACUGGUCGCGCAGGUCCUAGGUGACUGCAGCGAGCGGUGGGCGUCACUAGGCCCCCAUGUAUCGUCAGCAGAAUCUCUAGCGCGACUAAUUGGUCUUGACCAGGCGCCCGAGGCCGCCGACGUGGACGACGAGCGAGGUCGCGCUAGAAGAACGUUACUGCAUGCGUUGACGCUGCUAUUAGGCGUGGUGAAGAGGACGCAAGUGCCUGCUGAUCCGGACAAGCGUCGUGAAGAGGACCAAGGCCGCGCCAGAAGAACGUUACUGCAUGCGCUGACGCUGCUAUUAGGCGUGGUGAAGAGGACGCAAGUGCCUGCUGAUCCUGACAAAGCGUCACGCGGCGGCUUCAGCGCGGGCGUGACCGCGUCCGGCAAUCCAAUAUGGCGGAACCCGUGCGGCUCGCACGUGCUCCCGUUAUUCCCGCACGCGCUGGCACUAGCGCGGGCUUUGCACGAGCUGCACGCGCCGGGCGCGCGCGCGCUAAGGCACCCGGGGCACGCGCGCGCGUUGCACGCGCCGCCUGCGGAGCGCCGCAACCUGUUGGGAUUGCCUGCACCGGCUCCCGUGCGAGACCCCGACCACCACCACUUGCACCCUCAGGAGCGCAUGCAGAAUUAUUUACACACGCUGCAUGAUAAUCGCGAAUUGCACGCGCCGCCUGCGGAGCGCCGCAACCUGUUGGGAUUACCUGCACCGGCUCCGGUGCGCGACCCCGACCACCACCACUUGCACCCUCAGGAGCGCAUGCAGAAUUAUUUGCACACGCUGCACGAUAACGUGUGCCACCUCGUGGGCGCGGCGGCGACGACUCUCGGGCGGGAGCUGUACGCCGUGCCGGGUCUCGCCAAGUUCCUGUCGGACUCUCUUCUCCACGGCCUCGAAUACCUGCCCGACCACUGGCUGCGGCCCAUCGUGCGCAACGCGCUCAAGCCGCUGCUGCACCACUGCCCGCCCGCGCACUUCCAGCACGUCGCGCUGCCGCUGCUGCAGCACUACGCGCCCUUCAGUGAGUGUCCCGUAGCCUGUCCCGCGCUGUCCCGCCCCGGCCGCGGCCCAUCGUGCGCAACGCGCUCAAGCCGCUGCUGCACCACUGCCCGCCCGCGCACUUCCAGCACGUCGCGCUGCCGCUGCUGCAGCACUACGCGCCCUUCAGUGAGUGUCCCGUACCUGUCCCGCGCUGUCCCGCCCCGGCCGCGGCCCAUCGUGCGCAACGCGCUCAAGCCGCUGCUGCACCACUGCCCGCCCGCGCACUUCCAGCACGUCGCGCUGCCGCUGCUGCAGCACUACGCGCCCUUCAUGCUCAAACAUUUAUCGGAACGGUGGGACUACAUCACAUCUCUUUACGAAUCUGGGAAGUUGGAGGAGGAGGGCGGCAGCGAAUCACAAGAGGUCCUAGAGGACAUGCUAGUCAGGCAUCUCACAAGAGAACAUUUAGAAGUACUCAAAAUCUCAUUAGUAGACGGCGGUCUAAGCGUGGAAGUGUCAUCGGGUGAUAUGGAAGAUGACGCGGCACCGGCGUGCGCUCCGCAGCGAGCGCCGGAUCACGUGUCCGAACUCGGCGCGCUCGUGCUACAGGACGCGCGCGCGGGACCCGCGGCGUUACACACGGUGUUAUACGCGCUAAUGUGGAACGAUUCGCAAUCCUCAUUCCGGGCGUGCACGCUUGCGCUGCCGGCGCUUCGGGCGGCGUUAGCGGGCGGUCGGGUCUCCGCGGCGGAGGCCAGCGGAGCCCUAGCGGCUGUCUUACAGGCGCUGCGGACUCAUGGGCAACAUGAUGCAAACCAGGCGGCGCUGCUUGCGCUCGCUGUGCAGACGUACGAGGCUCUCCGGCCGCGGUUCCCUUCGAUCGUGAGCGUGCUGCGCGAGAUUCCCGACGUGGACGCGCACGACCUGCGGCGGCUGGACGAGAAGCUGGCCGCGCCGCCCGCCAAGCCCUCCAAGACCGACAAGAGCAAGCGCGACCUCUUCAAGAAGAUCACCGCCAGGUUAAUCGGGCGCAACGUGGGGCAGCUAUUCAAGAAGGAAGUGUACAUCCUCGACCUGCCGACCAUGCAGUCGUCCAAGGAGAAGCCGCGCGGCCCGCUUGACACGGCCGAAGGCGCGCAGCUUGACACGUUGUUUGCGCACGCGCCAACCUAGCCCCGCCAUACUCGACUGUGAACCAUUUAUAUGUUACUAUUAAAUUAUAUUAUUAACA